AUGAUUAUAAUUGUCGCUCUAGAAUAUUGUCAAAAAGCACUUUCUAUUCAACAAGUGUCUUUACCAUUAAAUCAUCCAGACAAAGCUUUCGUCUAUGGUCUAAUGGUCAAAAUCUACUGGGACAAAAACGAUAAUAAACGAUCUUUACAAAUUCUUGACAAAUGUCUUGCAAUUCAGCUGAGUUCACAAUGUUUAAAUAAUCACUCAAUCCGACAAACAUAUCAUGAUAUUGUUGUACUCUAUACUCGCAUUAAAGAUUAUACUGCAGGAUUAUAA